GUCCAAUACCCAAAGGGCAAGAGUUUGGCAGUUGAAGAAUUUCCAGAUCGUGUUGUUGUGUGAUCUAAUUCCCCCCUAAAGGCUGAAACUUUAAACUACCCCAAAUUAAAAAGAAAAACUAGUCCCUGUCGGUCCAAUUAGCUUCACGGGUUUAUUUGUCCCAAGCCCAAUCUCACUCCCUCUCUCUCCCCCGAGCCUGUCUCUGCAAAACCCUAGAUCUCUUCCGGUCCCGGAAACCCCCCCCAAGCUCGGGCCACGUCCCGUUCGGGCCUCAGUUCUUUUUGUAUUUUAAGGAUCUCUCUCGCGCUGAUUGUAGAAAUUAAUUUUUUCUAUGGCAACCCUUGAUGAGGAGAAGUUGGCAAAGCCAGAUGCGCACAAGAUUGGAAAUUCACAUGAGCACGCGGUGGAAACCCCUGAUGAGGUUGCAUUGGGAACCCCAAAUGAGCACACCAUGGGAACCUCAAAUGAGCACACCGUGGAAACCCCGAAUGAGCACACCAUGGAAACCCCAAAUAAUCACACCACGAAAACCCCGAAUAAUCACAAGAGGGAAACCCCAAAUGAGCACACAACAGAAACCAUAUCUGAGCAAAUGGUGGCAACCUCAGAUGAGCAAAUGGUGGCACCCCCGGAUGAACAAAUGGUGGCACCCCCGGAUGAGCAAAUGGUGGCACCCCCAGAUGAGCAAACAAUGGCACCCCAAGAUGAGCAAACGAUGGCACCCCAAGAUGAGCAAAAGAUGGCCCCACCAGAUGUGCACAUGAUGGCCCCACCAGAUGAGCACGCAAUGGCAGUCCCAGAUGAGCACGCAAUGGUAGUCUCAGAUGACCAUGCAAUGGCAAUCUCAGAUGUGCACGAUCUGGCAAUCUCGGAUGUGAACGAUCUGGCAAUCUCGGAUGAGCACGCUCUGGCAAUCUCGGAUGAGCACGAUCUGGCAAUGUCGGAUGAGCACGCUCUGGCAAUCUCGGAUGAGCACGCUCUGGCAAUCUCGGAUGAGCACGCUUUAGCAAUCUCCUUUGAGCAUUCAGUGCCAACCCCAGAUAACAAAAGGAUGACUCCAGAAGUGAACCAUGAGCUGCCAAAUUCAGAAACACAACCUAACAAGAGAAGGAAGAAAAAGUCCAUAGUAUGGGAGCACUUCACCAUAGAAGCUAUUAGUCCUGGAUGUAGACGGGCACAAUGCAAGCAAUGCAAGCAAAGUUUUGCAUACAGUACAGGUUCUAAAGUUGCUGGAACCAGCCACCUGAAACGCCACAUUGCCAAGGGGACCUGCACAGCACUUCUACGAAGCCAGGGGCAGAAUCAGUCAACACCAUAUACCCCACGUUCAAGGAUGGGAGGAACUGGCAGUGCAACUGAUGCACCAAAACGACGUUACAGAACUCCUGGCUCACCCUACAUUAUGUUUGAUCAGGAUCGUUGCCGCAAUGAGAUUGCUAGGAUGAUAAUCAUGCAUGACUACCCCCUUCACAUGGUUGAACAUCCAGGGUUUAUAGCUUUCGUCCAGAAUCUUCAGCCCCAUUUCAACAUGGUGAGUUUCAAUACUAUCCAAGGGGAUUGUGUUGCAACUUACUUGAUGGAAAAGCAAAACCUAAUAAAGUUUAUCGAGGGCAUUCCUGGGCGCAUUUGCCUUACACUGGAUAUGUGGACUUCGAGCCAAACAGUAGGUUAUGUGUUUAUAACUGGACACUUCAUUGAUAGUGAUUGGAAGUUGCACAGGCGGGUUCUCAAUGUCAUAAUGGAACCAUAUCCUGAUUUGGACACUGCCCUUAGUCAUGCUGUUGCUGCUUGCCUUUCUGAUUGGAGUUUGGAGAGCAAGUUAUUUUCUCUAACUUUUAAUCAGCCGCUAAGUGAAGCUGCUCUUGAGAAUCUUAGGCCUCUUCUUGCCAUUAAGAACCCUCUAAUCCUCAAUGGUCAAUUAUUAGUUUGUAAUUGCAUUGCACACACUUUGAGCAGCAUGGCAAAAGAUGUACUAGGGGCAGGGCAAGGAAUAAUCAAGAAAAUCCGGGAUAGUGUUAAGUAUGUGAAGACAUCAGAAGCCCACGAGGAAAAGUUUCUCGAUCUCAAGCAACAGCUUCAAGUUCCCAGUGAAAGGAGUCUAUCUCUUGAUGAUCAGACUCAAUGGAAUACAACUUAUCAAAUGCUGGUGGCUGCUUCUGAGUCAAAGGAAGUGUUUUCUUGUUUGGAUACUUCUGAUCCUGAUUACAAGGAUGCCCCAUCAAUGGAAGAUUGGAAGCAUGUUGAGACUCUCUGUACAUACUUGAAACUUCUCUUUGACGCAGCAAACAUCCUGACCUUCACAACUAACCCAGCUGCAAUUACAUUCUUUCACGAAUUGUGGAAGAUUCACACAGAGCUAGCUCGUGCUGUUGCAAGUGAGGAUCCCUUCAUCAGCAACCUCACUAAAAUGAUGCAAGAAAAAGUUGAAAAAUACUGGAAAGAUAGCAGUCUGGUUUUGGCAAUUGCAGUGGUCAUGGAUCCCCGUUUUAAGAUGAAGCUUGUGGAGUUCAGUUUCUCAAAAGUCUAUGGCGAAGAAGCCACCACAUAUAUUAACAUUGUCAAUGAUGGAAUUCAUGAGCUCUUUCAUGAAUAUUUGACACUUCCUUUGCCUCUAACGCCAACUUAUGCCGAAGAAGGAAAUGGGGGAAGCAAUAUUAAGAUGGAGGAUUCCCAGGGAGGAAAUCUUCUGUCUGAUCAUGGACUCACAGAUUUUGAUGUGUAUAUUAUGGAGACUACAAGCCAACAGAUGAAGUCAGAGCUGGAUCAGUAUUUGGAAGAGUCUUUAUUGCCUCGUGUGCAGGAGUUCGAUGUGUUAGGCUGGUGGAAGCUAAACAAGAUGAAAUACCCUACACUUUCAAAGAUGGCUCGUGAUAUUUUGUCUAUUCCGGUAUCUACUGCUGGUCCUGACUCUGUAUUUGAUAUAACAGGCAAGGAGAUGGAUCGAUAUAGGAGUUCUCUACGACCGGAGACGGUGGAAGCACUUAUAUGUGCUAAGGAUUGGAUGCAGUACGGCUCAACAGAAGCUUCAAACGCACUUGUAAGAAUGGAAUAUUAGAUUCUAGGUUUAGAUUCUGUUACAGGAUUUCUUGUAUGAUGGUACUUAACUGAGGAGACUGUUCUUACUCAGCUUUUUUCUUCGAACAUUUUUCUUUAUGAUUGUAGUUAUUCUUAAGUACUUACCGUCUUUGUAAACUGGUCGAUCGGUGAAACCCUUUUUCUGUUGCUAUUUAGAUUUUUAGAUGUCCAUUCUAUUGUAACAUGUCAUUUUUU